AUGAACAGUCUCCAUGGAAGCAUCCCCUCAUGUUUGAGUAAUCUUACCAGCAUGCUUCACCAAGGAGGAUUCUCACAAGAUGUAUUGUUUUAUGAAAGAAUAAGAGGUUAUGCAACUAGAGCGGGGAUAUAUGUCGACCAAGCACUGAUCGAGUGGCAAGGAGUUGAACGUGAAUUCUUUAGCACUUUGAAAUUGUUGAAGGCCAUUGACCUGUCAAGCAACAAUUUAACAGGACAAAUCCCAUAUCAAAUUACCAAUCUUUCUGACUUGAUUGCCCUCAACCUGUCAAAGAACGAGUUAUCUGGAGAGAUUCCACAGAAAAUUGGUGAGAUGAUAAAUCUUGAGAUUUUGGAUUUAUCCAGAAAUAGUUUUUCGGGGCGGAUACCAUCAAGCAUGUCUCAUAUGAGUUUCCUGAAUUACCUAGACUUGUCAUAUAAUAACUUUUCAAGGAGAAUCCCAACUAGCACUCAACUCCAGUCCUUUCAACCUUCAAGAUACAAUGGAAAUGCACAUUUAUGUGGACCCCCCCUAACCAAAAAGUGUCCUGGAGAUGAACCAGAACUACCACCCAUCAUUGGUAAAAGUGAGGGUAAUAGGGAAGACACAGAUGAUGAACUCAUGGGAUGGUUUUAUAUUGGUGGGGGGAUGGGUUUUGUUACCAGAUUUUGGAUUGCAUGUGGGGUUUUACUUUUCAACCGACGUGGGAGACAUGCAUUUUUUCAAUUUUAUGAGAGCUUCAAGGAUUGGGUUUAUGUGAAGGUGGUUGUGUUCAUUGCAAAUUUGCAAUAG